AGAAGAAGAUAUUUCCCUCUUCUUCUUUGUCAGAAUUAAAUAAAAUUUCCCCCCAAAAAAAUAUCCAUAUAUUAAAAAAAAAGGUUGUAAUUGGGGAAAAAAAUAUGGAGAGAACUAGUAUAACAGUUGUGUCUUUGCUAGUUUGCCUUACAUUUGUGUUGGUUAAAGCUGAGGAUCCUUACCUUCGUUUCGAGUGGAAUGUCACAUAUGGAACUAUCGCUCCAUUAGGGGUCCCACUACAAGGGAUCCUUAUAAAUGGACAACUUCCAGGGCCUAGGAUCAAUUGUACGUCGAAUAACAAUAUCGUUGUAAAUGUAUUCAAUCAUUUAGAUGAACCGUUGCUGUUAACAUGGAACGGUGUUCAACAAAGGAAGAAUUCGUGGCAAGAUGGUACCCCGGGUACUAUGUGUCCAAUUAUGCCUGGUACAAACUUUACAUACAGAUUCCAGGUGAAGGAUCAAAUCGGUAGCUUCUUCUACUUCCCAACAACAGACUUGCAUCGCGCUGCUGGUGGUUUUGGUGCUAUAAAUGUUCAUAGUCGUGCACUUAUCCCAGUUCCAUUUGACAACCCCGCGGAUGACUAUAGUGUGUUUGUGGGUGAUUGGUAUAACAAGGGGUACAAGUCAUUGAAGAAGAUAUUGGAUGGGGGACGGACAAUAGGAAGGCCAGAUGGGAUUCACAUAAAUGGAAAAUCUGUAAAGGUUGGUGACAAAGUUGCGGAGCCACUAUACAAGAUGGAGGCUGGUAAGACGUAUAGGUAUAGAUUUUGUAAUGUCGGUAUGAGGACAUCAGUGAAUGUUAGGAUCCAAGGACACCCGAUGAAGUUGGUGGAAAUAGAAGGAUCCCACACAGUGCAGAACGUAUACGAGUCACUUGACCUUCAUGUUGGUCAAUGCCUAUCAGUGUUGGUGACUGCUGAUCAAGAGCCAAAGGACUAUUACAUGAUUGUUUCGAGCAGAUUCUUGAAGCAAGCUGAAUUGUCCUCUGUGUCUAUCAUUCGAUACGCAAGUGGAAAGGGACCAGCAUCUUCUGAUCUCCCAGCACCACCACCAGAAAACACUCAAGGCAUUGCCUGGUCCAUGAACCAAUUCCGGUCUUUCAGAUGGAACCUUACUGCUAGUGCUGCCCGUCCCAACCCUCAAGGAUCAUACCACUAUGGACAGAUCAACAUCACUCGCACUUUCAAGAUUGUAAACUCAAGGAGUGAAGUUGAUGGAAAGCUUAGAUACGCGUUGAAUGGUAUCUCCCACACUGAUUCAGAGACCCCAUUCAAGCUAGCUGAAUACUUUGGAGCUACUGAUAAGGUGUUCAAGUAUGAUCUCAUGGGUGAUGAACCAUCAAUGUCGUCAUCAGACAAGGUAACCGUUGCCUCAAAUAUCAAGAAUGCAACAUUCCGUAACUUUGUUGAGAUCAUCUUUGAGAACCAUGAGAAGACCAUCCAAACCUAUCACUUGGAUGGUUAUUCCUUCUUCGCAGUUGGGGUUGAGCCAGGGAAGUGGACUCCUGAGAAAAGAAAGAACUACAACUUAGUCGAUGCCAUAAACAGACACAGCAUCCAAGUCUAUCCUAACUCAUGGGCCGCGGUCAUGACCACACUUGACAAUGCAGGACUAUGGAGCUUGAGAUCAGAAAUGUGGGAGAGGUUCUACUUGGGACAACAACUAUACUUUAGUGUUCUCUCACCAGCUCGCUCGUUGAGAGAUGAGUACAACCUCCCUGACAACCACCCUCUUUGCGGUAUUGUUAAGAGUAUGCCAAUGCCUUCUCCAUACAAGGCGUAGAUCGUCAUACAU